AUGGUGCGUCAGUAUUUUUUGGUUACAUGCAUCCUCCUGCUUUCCGCCAUCGGUCUCGCCCAAGAUCUAGGACGUCGUCGUACCAAGCGGUUUACUCUCGAGUUAACAUGGGAGAAAGGGAAUCCAGAUGGGGGUCCCGAACGGAACAUGAUCUUUAUGAAUGGGGAGUUUCCGGGGCCGACACUCGACAUCACGCAAGGAGAUGAUGUGGAAGUGGUCGUCAAGAACAAGAUGCCAUUUAAUACGGGCAUCCAUUUCCAUGGUAUCGAGCAAUUGGGGACGCCAUGGUCUGAUGGCGUGCCUGGAGUGACCCAGCGACCGAUCCGCGCGGGCAAAGAAUUCAAGUACAAGUGGAAAGCGACGCAAUACGGGAGCUAUUUUUAUCAUUCCCACACCCAAGACCAAAUAGAGGAUGGCAUGUAUGGUGCCAUUGUAAUCAGGCCAGACAAUACCGUCACGAAGCCGUUCAGCAAAAUAACCACGGACCGUGCUGCCUUGAAAGCCAUUGAAACGGCCGAGAAGAACGUGGUCCCAUUGCUUCUUUCCGACUGGCGACAUGUCGACUCGUUUGAGACCUGGAAAAUCCAGACCGACACGAACAUUGAAACCGCAUGUGUUGGCUCGAUUCUGUUCAAUGGCAAGGGUUCCGUCGACUGCUGGGAACAGGAUAAGAUCAACGCAUUGACACGCCCGGAGCAAUUGGCUAUUUUAGAACCAGAAAAUGCGACCAUGACUGCUAGAGGGGAAGUAUGCCUACCGCCUAUUGUCCUUGCUGGCAUCGUGGUGAAUGCGACGCUUCCACCAUAUCCCGAGAAGAUGCCACCAGCCAUUUUCGAGGUUUGCGAGUCAACGAGUGGCUCGAAGGAAGUAAUCAAGGCCACCGGAAAAGCCAAUGGUGCGAAGAGCUGGAUUGCCAUUGAUGUUAUUGGCGCCUUUGGCCUCCAUACCGGGUUAUUCUCGAUCGAUGAGCACCCCAUGUGGGUGUAUGCCGCUGAUGGUCUUUACAUCGAGCCAACGCGGGUCGAAGCUUUCGAAAUCACGAACGGUGAUCGCUACUCCAUCCUCGUGGAGCUGGACAAACCAAUCGACGACUACAACAUCCGGUUUUCGUCCAAUACUGGAGCGCAGUUGAUUUCUGGAAACGCAAUACUCUCGUACGGCGCGGACAAUACGGAUGAUAUCUCGGAGCCUUUCAUAUUGGAUAACAGCCUGGACGCUACCGCUACCGCUGUCACAAGACUAAACGUGCUUGAUACCGCUCCAUUUUCCCCGGUUCCUUUCCCCACCACCGUGGAUGCUACAUUCAAACUGUACAUGACCACAAUGGGCGCAAUAUAUCUAUGGGCGGUGAACGGCACUCGAUAUCCUCGUAAUCGAGAUGAACGCGAACCACCCAUCCUAUUUGACCCACAACCAUACCUCCAGGACAAUAUCACAAUUUCCACGACCAAAGACUCCGUCGUGGAUCUAAUCUUCAUCUCCGAAGCCGGCCGACCACCUCAUCCGAUGCAUAAGCAUGGCAACAAAGUAUGGUUCCUCGGACGAGGCAUGGAGGACUUCCCAUACGACACGGUCGACGAGGCGGUAGCAGGGCUUCCGCCAGGGUCCUUGAAUCUGGUUAAUCCCCCCCGUCGAGACGGUUUCGGCAGUUUGCCAUCUGGACCGACUCCUGUUUGGAUGGUGGUACGGUAUCAGGCCACGGAUCCAGGGCCGUGGUUGCUGCACUGCCACAUCCAAUCUCACCUUGCUGGAGGCAUGUCUAUGCUUAUUCAAGAUGGCGUGGAUGCAUGGCCUACGGUUCCGAAAGAGUACUUGGACUACCACUAA